AUGGAAGCCCAACAAAGCAACCAAAGCUUCAAGCUUGAAAAUCUGUUCAAUGUCAAAAAUAAAGUGGCCCUAAUAACAGGCGGCGGCUCAGGCAUAGGCCUAAUGGCAACCCAAGCCCUAGCCGUAAACGGCGCAAAAGUCUACAUAACAGGUCGAACAGAAGAAAAGCUCGACAGAGUAGCAGAGCUGUACAGCAAAGACAUCCCGGGCGAAAUCAUCCCCCUCACAGCCGACAUCACCAAAAAGACCGAGAUCGACAACUUAGCCAAAGAGAUCUCGUCCCGUGAAGGCCACCUUUCAAUCUUGAUUAAUAAUGCCGGCAUCGCCAACGAAUCCCAAGAAACGGAACACGAAGACGCGGGCAAACUCCGCGAAUCGCUAUUCGAAGAUUCAAACGCGACAUUCGCUCAAUGGGACGAUGUCUUCCGAACGAAUGUCUCCCAGCUCUUCUUUAUGACAACCGCCUUUCUCCCGCUUCUUCAGAAAGGAUCUGAAGCAGAGAUCAACCAUGGAUGGUCGAGUACAGUGAUAAACACGACAUCCAUUUCGGGUAUCGUGAAGGUAUCACAGCACCACUUCGCAUACAACGCAUCCAAAGCAGCGGCCAUUCAUCUGACGAAAAUGCUGGCGCAUGAGGUUUCCAGUUCGAAUUUGAAGAUCCGUGUUAAUCAUAUUGCGCCGGGUGUUUUCCCCAGUGAGAUGACUGCUGGGGCGAGUGAUGAGAAGCAGAAGAAUUUCAUUCCUGCUGAGAAGUAUGAGAAGAAGGUUCCUGCAUCUAGGCCUGGCAGGGAUGAGGAUAUGGCUAGUGCUGUGCUGUUCGCGACUACGAAUCAGUAUUUGAAUGGACAGAGUGUUGUUGUUGAUGGGGGGUAUGUUCUUGCUGCUGGGUCUUUGUGA